AUGGAUCCCAGCAAAGCCCCACUAAUCUUCUUCCUUCUUUCCUUCGCCACCCUUUCCUUCUCCAAUCCCACCAGCAUCGAUUGGUGGUGCCGCCUCGUGCCGCACCCAGACGCUUGCCGGCACUAUCUUGCCGCUCACACCCAUAGCCUCAAAGACUACUCCGACUUCUACCGGCUCUCCGUUAAAGCAGCCCUCGACCUCUCCAUCUCCGCCCGCAGCCGCAUCAAGCGCCUCGCCAAAGGCCUCAUCAACAGCGAUCCCGACAAGAUUGCGUUGCUCGACUGCUGGAAUCUCCUCGGCAACACCGUCACUAAGCUAAAUCACACUUUGUCUCUUUCGGGAGGCAACCGGAGAGCCGGCCUCGAUGCCCAGACUUGGCUCAGCGCCGCCCACACAAAUCUCUACACCUGUCUUCAUGGCUUCUCCGAUAUCCAUCCCAUCACGCGCUACAACGUUGUCUCCGAACUCGUCAGCAACUGUCUAGCCAUCAACAGCGCCGCCGCGAGCAUCCCGGAAACUCUGAAGCCGGGUUGGACAUCCUUCGCCGGUCGUCGGCUGCUCUCUUCUCGUGCGGAUAUUGUUGUGUCCCAAGAUGGUUCUGGAAACUACCGCACAAUCAUAGCCGCUCUCGACAUCGCCGCGGUUGAGAGGAGGAGCACAAGUAGAAGGAUCGUGAUUUACGUUAAGGCCGGCGUGUAUGAAGAGAAUCUGGAAAUCGUCAGCAGCCUUACUGAUAUUACAAUCGCCGGAGACGGUAAAGGGAAGACCAUCAUCACCGGCAACCGGAGCGCCGCCUCUGGAUACACGACCUUCAGCUCUCCAACCGUCAAUGUGUUUGGCGACGGGUUCAUCGCGACGGACAUCACGAUCCGAAACACGUUCGGUCCUGGCUCGCAGGCCGUGGCUCUGCUAUCCGGGUCGGACAGGUCCGUGUUCUACAGGUGCAGCAUCGAGGGUUAUCAGGACACGCUGUGCGUCUACUCGCAGCGCCAAUUCUACCGCGAAUGCGACAUCUACGGCACCAUUGACUUCAUAUUCGGCAACGCGGCGGCGGUGAUCCAGAACUGCAACAUCAUCGUCAGGACGCCGCUAAAGGGCGAGUCCAACGUGAUCACCGCGCAGGGGCGCACCGACGGUAACGAGAGCACAGGGAUCGUAAUCCAAUUCUCCAGAAUCACCGCCGCGCCAGAGUUCUGGCCCGUACACCGGAAGGUGAAGUCGUACCUGGGCCGGCCGUGGCUGCCCUACUCGCGCACGGUGUACAUGCAGAAUUUCAUUGAUAGUAUCAUCGACCCGGCCGGCUGGCUGUCGUUAAACGGCGAUCUUGAUACGGUCUACUAUGCGGAGUAUAAGAACACCGGGCCGGGAGCUAAAGCUAUGAGGCUGCGGGUUAAGUGGACGGGAUUUCAUAUCAUUUUCAGGCCGUCGGAGGUGACGCAGUUCACGGUGGAGAGGUUUCUCGAAGGAAAUACUUGGUUGACGGCGACGGCGGUGCCAUUUGAUUCCGGUCUAUGAUUCUGGAACACAAACGAAGAUUCAAAAUUUAAUGCUUUGUAUUGAAGUGUAAAUGA